UAGUAUUUUCAAAUGACAUGCGCAAGGAGUCGAGCUUUUCAUUCAAACGAGCUCUUAUAAAAAUAUGUAUUCGACGUGUUUUCAUUGGCAUAAAAAUGGCAAGCAUAGUUCUUAUAGCUUGCUUGGCUAUAUUGGGCUUAAUUAUUUCAAUAGCUCUUUUUCUUGCUGGAGGAUACUUGUGGUGGAGGCAUAAAAGAUCCCAGUUACAGUUUAUUGAACCAAAUGAAGACGAGGAAUCUAGUAGUUAUAGUCUUCGGGCUGCUCAGGAUAUUGUGGACUCUGGAAAUCCACCUACAAAACCGCAAGUGCCGGUGACACAAGCUAUCACAACUCCUCUGCAAAACAAUAUUAACCGAAAACUAAAUGGAUUUUUAAGUCUAAGAACUCCUUUGAUAGGCGUUUCGGGAGCCUCUCAAACAAAACCGCAAAGCGUUUCUUCUGUUGCAAAUCCUGGAGAUGGGACUACAAAAGAUUCUGCAGCUGUAUAGAUAUAGGACAGUAAACAUUUUUCAUAUGUACUUAUCUGCUGAUUUUCAAACUGUAUCGAAAAGUGGACAGACGGACAUGACUAUAUCGACGCGCCUCCUGGGUUAUAAAACGGAGGUAUUUUCAUUUUAAGCUACCACAUUCCGCCCAUACCUAUGUACGUAUGUUUCGUUAAUCAAGCCUGGGCGAGGUCCAUCGUCUUCACUUUUGCUGGGAUGUCCUCCUCAAGGGAAUCCAGGCGAACGCUGUUUCGGAAACAGGUGCUGUAGAUUUUGGAUCUUGCUGUUAAAGCUUUCGUCUCGAAGUUGUAUUAUUUUUCCCAUUCUUAACUUUAACUAAAUUUAAGUUUUGCUUAUGUGGUGGGAUAAGAUUAUAAGUUAAUAACAUAUUAAAAUAAAAAUAAACUUUUUAAUAAUUAUUUUGUGGUAUGGCCUCCAAAUCAGCCCUAUUAGAACCUUGACAUAUUGGUCCUUGUCCACUGUUGUCAAUUAGGAUAUGCUUUGGCUAAAAUGGGCAAACCAGGUAGACAAAUAAGUGAGUUGUGAUUUAUUUUAAAAAACUCGUGUAAAUUUAGUAUUUUAUUAGGCCUAGUAUUCAGGCCACAAAACCGGCUUCCACCAAAAACUUCAUACUCGUAAAGAAAUGGAUAUACUAGUUCGUUAAAACGUUCGUUUCUACGCCCACUCUCACAAGCCCAAAAAAUGUCAUAUUUAUUUAUAUUUAAUUUAUAUUUAAAAAUAUUUGGAUACACAUCUUUAACGCCCAGAAACCGCUCAGUGCCGUCACUCCCACACUUUUAGAAAAUGUUUUUUUUUCCUUUACUACUUUCCUUUUUUACCAUUUCUGCUCUAUCCAAGAAAAUGGUUGAAAUUUCUCCCUAGUACAACGACUAGCUCAGUAACGGUUGUCUGUUAGUUGAGGAAAUCGAAGAAAGGUAUUGAUAUUUAUGUCAUUGAUAUUUAUAUUAGAAUUAUUUCCACUUUUGAUGUCAUGUCUGGUUUGGGUGGUUGUUAGCGUUCGAGUGGCGUGGCCAAAAAUUUAUUGGCAAAUCGAUAGAAAUUUACGAGUCUAAUACAAAAAUGACAACAUUUCAAAACAUUUUUUAAAAGUGUAGUCGUGACAGUUUUGUGCGGUUUGUGAGCGUUAGGGUAGGCGUUGGCAAUAUUUGGAAACUGUGCGUCUACGUCUCUGGAAGCUGCAUAUUUAAUUUCAACAUUCUAGCUUUUAUGGUUCCUAAGAUCUCGCCAUUCAUACGGACAGACAGACGGACAUGGCCAGAUCGACUCGGCUAUUGAUCCUGAUAAUGGAUUCUUUAUAUGAUUGGAAACGUCUCCUUAUGCCUGUUACAUACUUUUCAAGGAAUCUAGUAUACCCUUUUACUCUUUGAGUAACGGGUAUAAAAGUCGAGGAAAUGUGCCAGCCGCAGACUCAGGAUUAAGAGGUUCAAAGGAACCGGAAUUCCGAACCGACACUGCAGCGGAAUCGGCAGUAAACGCAGCAUUUGCGCACCUACCGCGCAGCGUAGGAGUCCGGAGUAGGCGAUGUGUUGAGGGACAAGAUCCGAAACGGUUUCCUUGGCAUAAUGAGGAUGCUGAUCGAGGUAUUGAGGCUAACUCAAAAAAACCAACGGUCGCUGCCAAAGGACCUGGAUCGCCAGGCACAGGCUCACAGCAAACAAGCCGGCCAAGGCAUACGCUAACGCGUAUAGACCAGUGGAGAGGCCUUACCAACCAGAGAGGGGUAGAGGUAGCGGCAUCGGCCACCAGUCCUAAACUCCCCGCUUGUUGAGAGCAGUGGGAGCUAUUUACCGGAAUUACAUAUUGCCGGUAGAAGUGACCAUCCUUCACGCUCGUGUUGGACCGAAGACCGCAGGUCCGCAGAGGUUUAGGAAGACCCGAGACGGUGACGGUAUGUCAGAGAGUCAGGAUGCAACGCUAUUUAAAAGUUCGAAAUCGAAACUACACAUCAGAUGAGCGGCAUGCGGCUAGUUUCAAGGAAGGUUUGAAACGCGAGGGACCGCUUCAGGAUCAGGAUAUCUAAACGACGACGGCUGCCACAAAGCGCAUCGGUUCUUGGGAUCCUGGACCCUUCGCAGAAGUGACGAUCCUGGGUAGGCACCGGGAUGCACACGGGAGCCAGUGCUAGCGUAAAAGCACUAGGUGCCAUCCUUACUUCUGGGUGAUAAGAACGGCGUCUGACGAAGUUUGGAUCAUUAUCAUUAUGGGGGUUAAUAAGUUAGACAAUAUCGUUCUAACUUUUUCCUUACCUUGAAGAAGCUACGUACUUUGGGAUCGAUUUCGAGCCGUUUCAACUAGCACCAGCGGGUGUAAAAAAUCCGUGCCAAUGCUAAUGGAGGAAACUGCAAAAGAGUAUGCCAGGCAAAUGGAGCACUACGCUGACCUAAAAUACAUGGACGAAGCAAGGGGUUUUAUACUUUUUAACGGGAUGGCAUAGGAGUGUCUAGCGUGGAAAAGCAUUCAAUAGAGCUAGUCGAAAAAUAUCUUCAAGGAUCAACCAUAUCACAUGACUCCAGCAUAACAAACGGUGGUUGAGAAUGAAAAACAAAAUGCUGGCAUUGGGCAAUCGCACAACGUUGGUGUCCGAACCGGGAAAAUAUCGUUUUUAUCUGGAUGCUCGGAAGCUGAACGCUUAGACGGUGAAGGAUACAUACCCUCUACCCAGCGUCGAUGUAAUCUUCUCUAGGAUAGACCUGACGCACUAUAUCUCCAGUGUGGACCUCAAGUUUGCGUUCUGGAAAAUCAAACUGGACGGCAAAAGCAAGGAAUAAACUGGGUUUACGGUUCCUCGAAGACCGUUGGACCGUUUUUUAAGUUGGCCCUGCCGAGCGCGCCGGUCCUGGUUCAUGCGGAUUUCAAUAAACAUUUUGCCAUCCAUUGCGACGCAUUUCACGUUGGUUUAGAAACGACACUGUUUCAGCGGAACCAGGACGGUGAAGAACCACCGAUCGCGUUCUUCUCGGCCAAGAUGAAUAAACACCAGGUCACAGAGAGGGAGUGUCUGGCAGCCAUUGUAGCCUUUCGGAAGUUUGGUGCAAGGUAUGCCGUUACGGCAUAGGUACCAACCACUCUGGUAGCAAUUUAAAUGCGUGUAGCAAUUUAAAUCCGGAAAGACACUCUCCUUGGUGAGAUCUAACUAAAAUCUCUACUGAUGUAUGAGUAGACCCUUGGAAAGCAUACUUAACCCGUGGUAACGAAAUUACCGAAAUUUCAUGGGCCAAUAUAAAGAACGUGCUGCAAAUCCUCCAGUGAAUCGCCUUCCAAGAAGAAUAGGCCUAGGAACUACCUGCGUUGUCGUCGUAACCUACCACACCGAAGCACUGAAUAGUGCACCGGGCACCAUAAGUGCAGUAAUAUGCUCCGAUAUAUGGCUCGAAGACUAAAUACCCAGUCAGCUCGAAGCACGCACGCCAAUGCUUCAACGACCCCAGUCAUUCGCUGUCAAAAAGAUUCGACAUGGCUGAGAAAACCUAAACUCUCGCUGACUGUGAUGCCAAGUUACCAGCAGGUGCGGACAUAUGGUAUAUUUGCUCCAGCGAAUCUUACCGAAGGAGUGCGACUUAGCGCACCUCUAGGUCUACGCAUUAUCUACGCAGCAUUAUCACCGUCUUGCUGGUCGAAACGGUCACACCGACUUCCGCUCCCCACGUUUUAAUGAUAGACAUCAGUUGCGCUACUUUUUCAUCGAGCACGAAUCGGGAAUUUCCCUCGACGUGAAGCAGCAAAGCACUCAAGGCACAAGGCAUCUGAGCAGUACAUCUAUCAUCAGAUCCCAAAUGUGUGGUCCUCUGAUGGAUCACUGCGGACACGCCCUGGUUACUGGAACAUUUAAAAUUCCAAAACUGCUUCGGAUAACUGCGCUUCAACCUGAGAAGAAGCUCUGCCACAACCCCAUCUCUCGGCAUUCUUUUUAAAGUCCUAUUUGACAUCUGCAGACUUCCGAAAGAACUUCGCUCACACUAGCAUUGAUCUCAAAAAUAUCGAGGGCCGAUCGGACUUUCUCCGCGGGGGGCAAUCGGUGCAACAUGCUCCGAUUACGGAGAGGGACACGCGCAGUCACUCCAGUCAGUGACGACUGGAUCUUUCAAGCAUUUCCUGCGUAUAUUCUGUAUACGGCAUAAGGAGCUGUCGGGACGACUCGUCAGAUGGUCGCUUCAGCUGCAAGGAUACCAGUUCAGCAUCGAACAUCGCAAGGGAAGCUAGAACGAUGUCGCCGAUAACCUGUCCCGAUUCGUCGAGGAAGUCCUCUCGGAUCUAACAAAGUUUGUGGGGUUUGAGACUACCGAAUUUGCUGCAGAAAAUUAUCUGGAGUUAAUGCAAGAAGACGAGACCAAUAAGAAGCAUCAAAUGGCGAAGACAUUGGGGGUCGUGCGACGAUACUUCUAUUGGCCAGGGAUAACCAUCCAGGUACGUGAGUUCGUCUGCAAAUGUGGGGAAACCAGAGCUCCAAACUUCAAGAUGCAAGUGGGGAUAGGGAAAAGUGUAGGAAUUUGUGCUGAGCUCGCACGUUAAGUCCUGAAAGCGAAGGUGGUCGAGGCUUUUGACAAUAAUGCGUACAUACUGGAGCACCCACAAGGACCUACUUGCUAGGAGUGUAUCACGCCAAAUAUAGUACCUAUGGAGACAAUAUCAAGAACGAGAUUCUUCCCGUACAGUGUGGUCCCCACGAAAGGCGCCGUUCGAACUUGCCUACAUCAUUGCCGUCCUUCAAAGCUACCAAUUAUUUCACAGUAUUAGGUAACCGUAUACGUAUUUACAUACGUCUGCUUUCUGUGCGACCUUAUAAGCGCCGCCGAUUGCGGGGCUAGUGUUUUGUUAAUUUUCAAGACAAUUUUCACUUUGACCUUUUCCUUAAAAAAUAGACGAUCAAGGAUGAACCCAUGAAGGGAUGGUUAGAAUUGUAAAUAAUAGUUAGAAUUAAUUAGUGGCCCUAAUUAUCAAAAAUCGGGUUGCUUAACUAAAAUCCUUGAGUGAGGCGGAGGAGAUGGAGCUGUCAUAGUUGUCUGAAGCAACUCUAACUUACUUGUAAUUUCCCCUAAAGUCCUCCCGACAUCGUAAGUUGAUGUGUGCGCAUGUCCACCACGUCCACGGCCUCCAGAACUUUUAUUAUUUGUCGUUUGAUUGUAUUCAAUCCUUUUGUUUACCUUUUAUUGGUUUUGGUGAUUAGAGAAGGUGUUUGAUAAUUUGU